UACAUUACAGCUACACUCCGUCACUGAUGUCACACUUUGAUUCAGAAAGUUCCAGACGGUCUAGUGUUAGACGGAGCUCUAACUUGAAACACAGUAACUCCGUCCCUCUGCUCGACGAACAGACAUUCCCAGAACCUUUGUCAAUCAGUAAAGACAGCCAGUCUUCAGUUGGUUCUGAAACACCAAAAAUUGAGGACAGUGACGUUUAUCAGCGGUCAGUAUCUGUGCCAGUAGGCCUAAAUGAUACAUUAGGUCAGGUCCUACCGAUUCAUGCCGAUAGUCCUGCACGUGAACGUGCUCUUCCUUACACUUCUGAGGAGACAUUAGGCGCUAUUGGUUAUCAGAAAAAUUAUCAUACAGCUCAAAUGUCAACGUAUCAACGUUUAGCUUUGGAAAGCAAGCCAAUAGAUGGCGAGAAAGCUCCACCAUCGUGCAGUCUCACCGAAACCAAAGCUGACGGUGACGAAAAUGUAAACAAGCCUGUGAAUGUAAGAAUUUCGUAA